CGCAAGGAAGUGGCGUUGUUUGAGCGACUGGGCUGUCUGUGUUGUCUCGUGGGUAACGUUAGAUCCAAAUAAUUAUUUUUUAUGCUCAGCACCGUUUGAUUGCUUCUUAAAACAUCUGACGGAAUACUUAGGUCGCACUAGUUGCAUCAUCUCGGAAUAUAUCGGUCUUUGCACUUUGGCAGGCUAUGCCUUUGUAGUUCAAGACCACCUCACAUGAACAGGUUUGAUCUGCAUCCUCCGAAGCUGCACCUACAGGUUGCAUGAUCAUUUAUUAGGAAUGGCUGCGGAGGUGAACGGCAGCUCCGCUCCGGCAAAGGAGGAGGAGGAGCCCAUGGAUGUCUCCAUGACCCACACGGAACACUACCAGACACUUUUGGACGCUGGGCUUCCUCAGAAGGUGGCUGAGAGCCUGGACAACAUCUUCCAGACAGGUCUUGUGUCGUACACCGACCUGGACGAGCGAGCCAUUGAUGCCCUGCGGGAGUUCAACGAAGAGGGGGCGCUCUCGGUGCUGCAGCAGUUUAAGGAGAGCGAUCUGUCCCACGUGCAGAACAAGAGUGCUUUCCUCUGUGGCGUCAUGAAAACGUAUAGACAGAGGGAAAAGCAGGGAAGCAAAAUCCAAGAAUCCACAAAGGGACCAGACGAAGCCAAGAUCAAGGCUCUCCUGGAGAGGACGGGAUACACCCUGGACGUCACUACAGGACAGAGGAAGUAUGGCGGGCCUCCUCCUGAGGAGGUGUUCUCUGGGGUACAGCCAGGAGUUGGGACAGAGGUGUUUGUGGGGAAGAUCCCCAGAGACCUGUACGAGGACGAGCUGGUCCCUCUCUUCGAGAAGGCCGGGCCCAUCUGGGACCUGAGGCUAAUGAUGGAACCGCUCACCGGCCAGAAUCGCGGCUACGCCUUCAUCACGUUCUGUAGCAAAAGUGCCGCGCAGGAGGCUGUCAAACUUUGUGACAACUAUGAGAUCCGGUCAGGAAAAUACCUUGGUGUUUGCAUUUCCGUGGCAAACAACCGCCUGUUUGUGGGGUCGAUACCAAAGAACAAGACCAGGGAGAGCAUCCUGGAGGACUUCGGCAAAGUUACAGAGGGGCUCCAGGAGGUGAUCCUCUACACCCAGCCAGAUGACAAGAAGAAGAACCGCGGCUUCUGCUUCCUGGAGUACGAGGACCACAAGUCGGCCGCACAGGCCCGCCGCCGCCUCAUGAGCGGCAAGGUCAAGGUGUGGGGCAACCCCGUCACGGUGGAGUGGGCCGACCCCGUCGCCGAACCUGACCCCGAGGUCAUGGCCAAGGUGAAGGUGCUCUUUGUGCGGAAGCUGGCCACCGCAGUGACGGAGGAACUGCUGGAGAAGACCUUCUCUCAGUUCGGCAAGCUGGAGCGGGUCAAGAAACUCAAAGAUUACGCCUUCGUCCACUUUGAGGAGCGCGAUGCUGCUGUCAAGGCGAUGGAUGAGAUGAACGGUAAAGAGCUGGGUGGGGAAGAGAUCGAGAUCGUGCUGGCCAAGCCUCCAGACAAAAAGAGGAAAGAGCGCCAGGCACAGAGACAAACCACCAGAAACACAGGGUAUGACGACUACUACUACUACCCUCCACCCCGCAUGCCGCCGCCAGGGCGUGGCAGGGGCCGUGGUGGCCGGGGAGGCUACGCUUACCCCCCGGACUACUACGCCUACGAGGAUUACUACGACGACUACUACGGUUACGACUAUCAUGACUAUCGUGGCGGUUACGACGACCCUUACUACGGUUACGACGACGGCUACGCCAUGCGGUCCAGGGGGAGCCGCACCAGCCGAGGCGGGCCGCCCCCUCCCAGAGCCCGCGGGGCACCGCCCACCCGCGGCAGGGGUGGCUACGCCCCCCGAGGAGCGCCCAUGGGCGCCCCCAGAGGCGGUCGCGGGGGCCGAGGGGGGCCUUUCCCACCCCAGAGGGGAGGCCGCGGCACUCGGGGCGCCCGGGGGAACCGUGGGGGCAACGUGGGCGGCAAGCGGAAGGCGGACGUCUUCAACCAGCCCGACUCCAAGCGCCGCCAGACCACCAACCAGCAGAACUGGGGGUCGCAGCCCAUCGCCCAGCAGCCCCUGCAGCAAGGGGGCGACUACUCUGGAAUGUCUUCAUACCCUGCCAUCCGCUGGAAAGAAGAAUUUGGUGGGGCUGAGACAGUGACACUUUCAUAGACUUGCCCUCCUCGGUCUAGGUCCUACGUCCACUCCCAACUUCCUGGCUGGGCCACAACGUGGCCAGACCUGUCCAGUGGCGGACCCUCAAAAGCCAUUGUGAAACACCAAUCUUCAAAGUACACCCCAGCCUUAGUGUAUGUCGUGGAGCUGCUUUUCCCCAUCUUGUUGGUCAUCCUCUCAAGCCUGUCUAUUGGACUUGCAUUCCAUGCCUUUAAGAGAUGGAGGAGGAAGAGGGAAAAAGUAGAGAGGAACUCAGCAGCUGCAGCGGAGACUCUCUGCAAGGAGAGUGUGGCCCGUCUGAAGGACAUCACCCUGAGGCUGAAAGGUCUGCAUGAUGCCCAGAAACAGCAGCUAGUUGGAGGCAGGAGGACGGUUGAGUGACCCGGUUGAGUGCCUGGAGUAGGCAACCCAUAUCCUCCAGGCUUCCUUUGAUCACCUCAUUGAUCUGAGACAUUACUGCCUUGGGGCCUCCUAUGGUAGACCUCAUCUAGGCAACCUAACAGUUAUUACAUCAGCUUUUUAUUUUGUUUUGCAUUUCAUCAAAUACAAAUGAUCUUUAUCAAAAA